AUGGAAUUGACCAAGAUCAUAUCACUGAUCAACGAUUGCAUGAAGUGGCCCUUGAAAGUAGGAAGGCCGCUUACGUCCUGGAUCUCUAAGUCAUCGCGACUGAUCAUCAUCGGCGAUGCGGCGCAUGCCAUGUUGCCGUACAUGUCCCAAGGCGCUGCCAUGGCAGUUGAAGACGGCGCUGCGCUUGCUGUAGCUCUCAACAACAUCUCAUCAGUCGAAGAGCUGCCGUUUGCGCUGCGGAGCUUCGAAAACGAACGGAUCAAGAGGAGCGGGGACAUGCAGAAUGCUAGCACAGUCAACGGUCGGAUAUGGCAUUUCCCGGAUGGUCCGGAGCAACGGGCGAGAGACGCUUCAAUGGCUGCAGAGGUUUUGGGUAAGCCUUUUACGAGCAGCGCGAACCAGUGGAGCGAUCCGGUGACACAGUGGUGGGCGUAUGGUUACGAUGCAGAGAAGAGGAUGGAAGAGGCGUGGGCCAGAGACGUUGCGACGUUGAUCUCGCGAUCCAAGCGUGAUACAUCUGCGCCUUAUAUAUGA